GGGCAGCUGUCUGCGUCUGCCGAGCCCCACGGUAGGAUUAAAAAAAAGUGAGGGUGUAAAAGCCACACAGUAAGAGACAUUUCCUGAAAUUUUCAUCACGAUGGAAACCUUUUGCCUCAGGGCAUUCUUUUGGCUGGUACUGGCUGGAUGUGUAAUCAGUGAUAAUCCGGAGAGAUACAUCUCAAAUGUAAGCAACGACGUGGAUGAUUUCACCACUUUCCGGGGGACAGAGCUCAGCUUCCUGGUUACCACUCAUCGACCCACUAAUUUGGCCCUACCAAGCAAUGGCUCCAUGCACAACUAUUGCCCACAGCAGACUAAGAUUACUUCUGCUUUCAAAUACAUUAACACUGUGAUAUCUUGUACUAUUUUCAUCGUGGGAAUGGUGGGGAAUGCAACUCUGCUCAGGAUCAUUUACCAGAACAAGUGUAUGAGGAAUGGCCCCAACGCGCUGAUAGCCAGCCUUGCCCUUGGAGACCUUAUCUAUGUGGUCAUUGAUCUCCCUAUCAAUGUAUUUAAGCUGCUGGCUGGGCGCUGGCCUUUUGAUCACAAUGACUUUGGCGUAUUUCUCUGCAAGCUGUUCCCCUUUUUGCAGAAGUCCUCAGUGGGGAUCACCGUCCUCAAUCUCUGCGCCCUUAGUGUUGACAGGUACAGAGCAGUUGCCUCCUGGAGUCGUGUUCAGGGGAUUGGGAUUCCCUUGGUCACUGCCAUUGAAAUUGUCUCCAUCUGGAUCCUUUCCUUUAUCCUGGCCAUCCCUGAGGCAAUCGGCUUCGUCAUGGUGCCUUUUGAAUACAGGGGGGAACAGCACAAAACCUGUAUGCUCAAUGCCACAUCAGAAUUCAUGAAGUUCUACCAACACGCAAAGGACUGGUGGCUCUUUGGAUUCUAUUUCUGCAUGCCCCUGGUGUGCACCGCAAUCUUCUACACCCUCAUGACCUGUGAGAUGUUAAACAGAAGGAACGGCAGCUUGAGAAUUGCCCUCAGUGAGCAUCUUAAACAGCGUCGAGAAGUGGCAAAAACAGUUUUCUGCUUGGUUGUCAUUUUUGCUCUUUGCUGGUUCCCUCUUCAUUUAAGCCGUAUUUUGAAGAAAACCGUGUAUAAUGAGAUGGACAAGAACCGAUGCGAAUUACUUAGUUUCUUGCUGCUCAUGGAUUACAUCGGUAUUAACUUAGCAACCAUGAACUCAUGUAUAAACCCAAUAGCUCUAUAUUUUGUGAGCAAGAAAUUUAAAAACUGUUUCCAGUCGUGCCUCUGCUGCUGCUGUUACCAGUCCAAAAGUCUGAUGACCUCCGUCCCCAUGAACGGAACAAGCAUCCAGUGGAAAAACCAUGACCAAAACAACCACAACACAGAGCGAAGCAGCCACAAGGACAGUAUCAACUGAGCCUGGAGGUACAUGCACCGGUGUUCCUCUCUGUCCUGCGGGAGGAGAAGAUCACACAGCAGCUGCGUGCCCAGAAACCUCUUCUCCAAUCCUUCUUCCCUAACUCAGUAGAGAAGAAAUGCUUUUCCAAAACAGCAGAGGAUGGACUGGUUUAUCCCCACAGUCUAGAAAUCUUCCUUCUGUGAUUUAUCCAAUUUUCGUAUCCUACAUGUUAUAUUCAACCUUGUUUUUUAAUGGUGGGAGCUGGAGAAGAAUGGAGACUGUUAUAUGCAUCAAAGAGGAUAUUUACUACACUUGCAUGAAAAUAGAUCCAUGACUAUUCAAAUAGAUUCAAAUACACCCAUGACUAGCUGUCAUGGCAGUUCUGUCAAAGUUCAAUGAAAAUCGGUCACUACAAAACUUCAAAAAUUAUGACAAGAUUUUCCAUUUUUUAAGUGAUUUAUUUUUGGCCAAAUAGGAUAUGGGGUAAGCCAGUUUUAUUUGAAACAUCAUUCAGUGCCAAUAUUCUUUAACUGCAUCAUAGCCAAAAAUGAUGAUUUGAGC